GGUUAAACAGUUGGGUCUGUGCGCGAAUAGAGACAAACGUGAUGCUGCUCUGCUGUGUGUGUGACCGAGGCGACAUGGCGAGGAUUAACAUAUUGGGAUAAUUGUUUUUCUAAUGACUUCGCGUUAGAAGGCAUUACAUAAGAAAAUGAAAAGAAUGAGAUGAGGCCGACGAAGAGGAGACAUAAACAUCGCCACAUACAAUGAGCGCCAAUUCGACUCAGAAACACUGAAGGACUGAACACUCGGAUGCCAUUUAUGAAGGAUGUGCAGAAUUUGUUUAACAUAUGUAGCUUUUGUUAAUGAUUCGUUUUUCGUUCGUUUGUUUUAGCRUAGCCUACUAUCGAGAUACUGGCGUUAUGUUUCAUCUUUGAGGAUAAGAAGAGAAAGCUGAACCUUGACCUCAUUCAGACUGCCUUCCAUUGGCUCCGGAGAAGGUGGGCUGAAUCAUCCUGAUUCAAGAGGCUGUGCAUUACAGUCAAGAUACGUACAGCAACAAGCUAUGGAGCGGAACCUCUUGCUUGAGUGGAUCAUGGUCGAGGUACAUUUAAGGACAUUUGACGACUAGGCUCCACCAACUCCUGAUUCCUAUUCCUCUCGUGGUGAGAAGUAUUGUAGUCCACAAUAAUCGUAUUGCUGAGAUGACUAGACAAGAGAGUAUGUUACUGAGAUAGAAUACUUUACACCAGAGCUCUGUAUAUGUUUGAAGCCAGCGGCAGGCUGAGAUAAAGAGGGGAUCGAUGGCCAAGCCCCUCUACAGACUGCAGCGUUUCCUCCGGAGGACCCAGCUGUUCCUGCUCUUCCUGGGUGUGGCCUACAUCAUGGCCGGGAGCGUCCUGCUACUCCAACGGGCCAACCUGGUGGUGACCCAGCGAGGGGCCACCAGCCCUCCACUGUCCUCCCUGCCCUCCAUACCCUCACCACCCUGGGCCCUGGGGAUGCCACCCGUGAGGGUAGGAGGCUACGGGGGCAGGAGCUCACAGAUCAUGUCCAGGGGACAAGGGUACCAGCCUGGGAGCCCGUUAGAUGACAGGACUGGAACACGCUGGCUCAUGUCGAGGAAUCUGGAGAUCCGACACCUGCGGCGGCGCUGGUUCCACAGCCUGAUGACGGAGAAGGAUAUGUCACAGGUGGAGAGGAGCACCCCCAGGAGGAAUGUGCCUCACAAAGGUUCUUACAUGGGCUGCUUCCUGGACAAUUCCAAGGAGCGGGCUUUGAGAGGGUCUGUAUCCACUGAUUUCCGCAAAAUGACCAGCACCAUGUGCCAGGAUACCUGCUCAGCGAGUGGCUACCAGUUUGCUGGUCUGGAGUACGGGUCGGAGUGUUACUGUGGCAACCACAUCACCAGCCUGCGUGUGAGAGACGAGGAGUGUAACUUGGACUGUAAAGGGGAGAAAGGCUCCCCCUGUGGAGGUGUUGGGCGCCUGUCAGUGUUCACGGUGGAGGAUGUGCUUCCAGGCCAGAGGAGAUACAGGAACGUGCGCUACCGCGGCUGCUUCAGGGAGCCUGAGAACAGCUCCUCUACAUCUCUGGUCCAUGUGCUCCAGCCCAACCUCACCUCCCAGUCCUGCAUAGAGGCCUGCAUUAACAAGGAGUUUCCMCUGGCUAUGCUGAGGAGUCCGGACUGUUUCUGUGGUUACGCUACUCCUGACUUCACUCUCCAUGAGCCGGCUGAGGAGGAGCACUGUUCACAGAGCAACACCACUGAGGCCUCCUUACCAUCAACCCUCCAGCGCUUCUACCAGGUCUACCAGACACCUGUCCAAGAUUCCAGAUGCACAGAGAGGAAGUUCCUACCGGAGAAGUCCAGUUCAUUGGUAGCGCUCUCCAGCUUCCCAGGAGCAGGCAACACCUGGGUCAGACACCUCAUAGAGUUGGCCACAGGAUACUACACAGGCAGCUACUACUUCGAUGGAACCCUUUACAACAGAGGCUUCAAAGGCGAGAAGGAUUACUGGAAGAGUGGUCGGACCAUCUGUGUGAAAACACAUGAGAGUGGGAGGAGAGAGAUAGAGAUGUAUGACUCUGUCAUCCUGCUGAUCAGGAGCCCGUACCGUUCCCUCAUGGCUGAGUUCAACAGGAAGUGUGCAGGACAUCUGGGAUACGCCUCUGAUCAGCACUGGAAGACCAAAGAGUGGCCUGAGUUUGUAGGCAGCUACGCCUCCUGGUGGGCGUCGCACGUACUGGACUGGCUGCGGUUCGGCCGGCGUGUCCUAGUGGUCCACUUUGAGGAACUCCAGACAGCGCUGGUGCCCCAGCUACGAUCCAUCACCUCCUUCCUCAACGCCACAGUGACCGAGGACAGACUGCUUUGUGCCGAGAGCAACCAGGAUGGACACUUCAAACGCUCCGGGGCCCGGCAGCCCACCUUCGACCCCUUCACACCCGACAUGAGAGGACUGAUAGAUGGACUGAUCCGUGCGGUGGACCAGGCUCUCCGGGACAGCAAUCACACAGGCCUUCCACUGGAGUACCUGCCCAGAUGAUGGACAGCUAAACUCUGAUAACCCUGAUCUCCACCUCGUCCACUACCCUGUCCCUCCUCGGUUUACACUGCCUUUUAGCUGUGGUGGCACGGAUGGAUGGCUACCCCCUAUCCAACCCAAGAGAAAGUGUUUCAUAUCAGGAGCGUGCCCUGCAAAGGAAACAUAGUCAUAUACACAGAGGCUAUUCUCACAGAACACUUUCUAUGUUUUAGAAGCACUGGUUUAUCAAAGAACUGUCUUUCUGUUUUAGAAGUGUUAGGCUUUUUGGGACAUUGCCUUAUUGGGGGUGAACUUAUAAGUGUACCAAACAAUGGAAACGGUUUCCUCUGUUUUAAAUCAACUCUAAAUAAACGGUACAUCCUAUAAGAACUAUAGGCUACAUCCUGUGGUUCAACCCACUUUUGAAUUUUGUUAUUGUGAUUAAAAUAUAAAAACUCUAUACAGUAUAUUGGAUUACAACAUAAGAAAGUGAUAUUUAAAAUAUUUAAUGCAAGCAACGUCUUCAGAAAGGGAUACUGUUGUAAUAUGAGUUAACAUUGGAGUGUUUGUUAGGUGGUGUUGUUAAUACUGAUAACGCAUAAUUAGACCAUCAAGUAACCAAAUUAAACAAAAUGUACCACUAUUCAAAAACUAUCUUGAGGGAUCAACUACACUACAGCCAAGGGAAGUGGGAAAAUGAUGUCAGGUUGUAUUUUGAGGGCUACAUCCCUAGAGAGAAGGAGAGGGAGAGUGAGCAGGCCCAUGACAGAAUGAUCUGUCCCAGCUCAAGAGAGCAGCCCUGGACAAGACCAGACAGACAUACAGUCCCAGCCUGCAGGUUUAGCUCAGGGAAGAGGGGCAAGUCGCUAGUCCUCUAUACUAAUCUGUACUGAGCUGAUAAGCGCAGCAGCACUGGUUGUGUGGGCGAUGCACUAUGUACCAGAGUGUCUGGAUUUACAAUUGUGUAAUAUGGUACUCUCUCGCUCUCUCUCUUUUUCUCUCUCUCUCUUUAUCUCUGUCUUGGUCUCUCUCUCUCUAUCUCU